AUGGACUGUCCAUUUUUGCAGCUAAGCAAUAAUCAUGCUUGCUUGAAUGAAUUUGAUGGUGGCGAUACGAGUGAUGUGGAGGAUUUACUUGACCAAGGACAUCAAAGCAAACCUCCAGUAAACUGUUUAGGUAAGUCUGCAUCAUUUCCUUCUCGUUUCUCGCCGCCCGAAGAUGAUGAUGAUGAUAUUGAAACUUCGUUGAGGUGGAUAUUCUGCGAGGACUCGGUUCAAUCACCCUGCUCUCGUUCAAUUUCUUUGCCGACUCCAUUAAAGCUAGUGUCUGCCCUUAAAGGCAGCCGUGGAAAACAGGGUUUACCGACAAAGGAGCUGAGAGUGACAUGGGCCUCUGAUGUGUACGAUCCUCUGCCGACAUCCGUAUUGCACACGGUCAGAGCCAAAAAGCAGAAGUCGAAGAAGAUCUAUGACAAGAAGAAACAUGGAAAGAAAUCGAAGAAGAGCAACAACUCCUCACGUGGAGGUAAUGGAGGCUGUAAAAGCAACAAACACUUCCGCAGAGGCAGCAGUGCCUCUGCGAGUUCGGAUAGGUGGUAUGACUAUAAACCACUCGAGGUUGACACCUCCGGAAACCUUAAUGUUUUCAAGGCUGGUAGUACAGACCCGUAUUGUGGUACCAGUUUUCUGAAAACAUCACCAACUACGAUGCACUACUCUGUGGCGUAG